AUGUCUCCCCAAAACCAUACUACAAUGACUGAAUUCACACUCUUGGGACUCACUGAUGAUCCAGUGUUGGAGAAGAUCCUGUUUGGAGUAUUUCUGGUAAUCUACUUAGUCACGCUGGUGGGAAAUCUGUGUAUGAUCUUGCUGAUCAGGACCAAUUCCCGUCUCCAAACUCCCAUGUAUUUCUUCCUUGGGCACCUCUCUUUUGUAGACAUCUGCUAUUCCUCCAAUAUCACUCCCAAUAUGCUGCACAACUUCCUCUCAGACCAAAAGACCAUCUCCUACACUGGAUGCUUCACACAGUGUCUUCUCUUCAUUGCACUGGUAAUCACUGAGUUUUACAUCCUUGCCUCAAUGGCACUGGAUCGCUAUGCUGCCAUUUGUAGUCCUUUACAUUACACUACCAGGAUGUCAAAGAAGGUUUGUAUUUCCCUAGUCACAGUGCCUUAUACAUAUGGCUUCCUUAAUGGACUCUCUCAGGCAGUUUUGACUUUUCACUUAUCCUUCUGUGGCUCCCUUGAAAUCAAUCAUUUUUAUUGUGCUGAUCCUCCUCUUAUAAUGUUGGCCUGCUCUGACACCUACGUCAAAAAGAUGGCGAUGUUUAUUGUUGCCGGCUUUACUCUUUCAAGUUCUCUUUUCAUCAUUCUCAUGUCCUAUCUCUUCAUUUUUGCGGCCAUCUUGAGGAUGCGUUCUGCUGAAGGCAGGCACAAAGCCUUUUCUACUUGUGGUUCCCACCUGACAACAGUCACUAUAUUUUAUGGAACCCUCUUCUGCAUGUACUUAAGGCCCCCAUCUGAGAAAUCUGUAGAGGAAUCCAAAAUAAUUGCAGUGUUUUAUGCUUUUUUGAGCCCAAUGCUGAACCCAUUGAUCUACAGCCUAAGGAACAAGGAUGUGAUACAUGCCAUGAAGCAAAUGUUCAAGGGUAAUCUCUCUCAUAAAAUUGUAGUUUGGAAGUCCUGUCUUUUGUAA